AUCUGCAGUCAAGGCAGAGGAGGGAGGGGGGUGGCUACGGUCCUCAUGGCAACUGUAUGUAUACACUGGGUGUUCCCGAAAGUCAGGUCCUGAAAAAUCCUUAAAAGAUGGCAUUGUCUAUGCUGGAUGUGCUUCGGGUGUGCACCGUACUGGAGGACAGCCUAGAUCAACUCUCCGUUCUUGGAUACAUCAUGCCUGUCUCUUACCAUGGCCGCAGUGAUAUAGUUGGAAAUGAAAUUGGAAAGAUUCUAAAAACACAAAGACAACUGGAAGGGCAAUUCGAAGACCUCAUGGGAAAACAAGUAGAAGUUCGAUCAACCUCUGCUCCCCUGUCCAGUAGAUUGUUGAAUCUGACAAAGCAGGUGGAAGAAACUAGUAUAAAUCUAAAACUAAGCAAUGAGCAGUUUACUCGGGCAGUGAGACAGAGCCCUCUAACUGCUGAUAAUCUGAAGAAGGUCCAGGCUGACAGGCAGUUUGCAGCAGAUGUCAUUGCAGAGAUGUUAACUGAGUUGGAAUCAUCAGGAUCAUUUCACAGCCUCCAGCAAGCUGUUGCCAAUGAAAAGGAAAGAAAGGCUAACUUUUAUAAUGUCAUAACCAGAGAAGAAAAUGGGAGAAAGAAAAUCAAAUCACUCCAGAAGCAAAUACAGGAAGUCAAACAGGAGAAAGAACUGGAAAUGCAGAGCCGCAGUGAACUUAUUGCUCACCUGAAGGAUCAAGUGCAAGAAAUGAAAGCCAAAACUAGCAUAGAAGGCAAGUAUGUCAAGAAAGACACAGACCUGAUGAUCUCCCAGACUCAAAGAAAGUGCGGCAUUGCAGAGGCAGAGCUUCAGACUGAGCUUCAGAGGGUCAAGGAAAAAGUGGAUGAGGAGAUAAGAGUGCACAUAGAGAUUGAGAAUUUUCUCAGGCAACAUCAACAGGAACUGGAGCAGAAGCUUGAAUACUGGAUGGAAAAGUAUGAUAAAGACACAGAAGAAAAACAGGCUGAGCUAAAUUCUCUAAAGGCCUCCAGAGCACAUGACCUCGCCCUUCUGCAGGAGAUGGCCACAAAGUGUAAAGACUUUGAGAAGGUGAUAAUUGAAGAUCGAUUGGAGAAGGAGAAAGCACAGCGGCAGAAGAUACAGGAAAUGAAGGAAUUAACAAGCGUCAUCAAACUCCAGGCAUGGUGGAGAGGUAUGAUGGUGCGGAGAGGUUUGGGAAGCUACAAGAAAACAAAAAGCAAAUCGGGCAAGGAAAAAGGCAAGAAAGGCAAAGCCAAAAAAGGUGGCAAAAAGAAAUGAUCUCUUCCUUGUUUCUUCCCAUCUGUCAAGAAGCAUACAAUAAUUAGCAAAUGUACAGUUCACAAGGUUCUAGUGAAGAAUAAAUGAUAUUGAUAGAAUAAAAGGUGCUAUGAACAAAAA